GCUGCACCAGUGGUUGCAGAACAAGGAGGGCCACACAGAGCCCGGGCCAGCAGUGCGAGUGCGGGAUACAGUUUGGGUGACAGCCAGUGGUGAAGGAGUUAACGUAGCGACGGGAAAGCGUAGCCCCGCCCCCAUGGUAUGAGUCGCUGUAACCCCGGCGGCGGCUGCUGGGCCCAGUCAUCUAUAGCAGCGGCGGCAUCCGUACAGUAGCAGCAGCAGCCAUGAGCGGAGACGGUGCCGCGGAGCAGAGGGACGCGGCCGAGGACGACGAUGUUGGGGUCACCCCUUUUAACCCCUUCCUGCACGAGUUUCACCCCGAGGGGUUCUGGCAGAAAUUUCGGUUCUAUGUACUGGGUUCAAUCCUGUUCCCCUUGCGGUUUCUACUGGCCGCCAUUUUCCUCUUUCUCAUGUGGCCAAUUGCUGCACUUCGAGUGGCUGGGAUGACGGAGGAAGAGCUCCGCCGGCCAAUAAGACACAGACGCACCUUUCUGCAUCACCUGAUUUACCUACUGAGCCGCACCAUGUUCUUCAUGUGUGGCUUCCACUGGAUCACCAUCCGUGGCCGCCGUGCCUCCAGCUCUGAGGCCCCCCUUCUGGUUGUCGCGCCUCACUCCACCUUCUUUGACCCUAUUGUUACUGUGGUUUGUGACCUCCCAUCCGUUGUGUCCCGAGUGGAGAAUCUCAACAUACCGGUGAUUGGAGCACUGCUUCGAUUUAAUCAGUCUAUUAUGGUGUCCCGACACGACCCAACAUCACGGAAAAAAGUGGUGGAGGAGGUGAAGAGACGAGCAACCUCAAAUGGGGAGUGGCCUCAGGUUUUAUUUUUCCCAGAGGGCACAAAUGGUAAUGGGAAAGUAUUAUUGAAGUUUAAACCUGGUGCCUUUGUGGCAGGAGUGCCUGUUCAGCCAGUGUUGAUGAGAUAUCCCAAUAAACUACCAGCAACAAUUUGGACAUGGAAAGGAAAUGGGGUUUUAAAGGUCCUCUGGCUCACAAUGUCUCAGUUUUACAUCAACCUGGAGAUAGAGUUUUUGCCAGUUUAUCAUCCGACUCCUGAAGAGAAAGUGGAUCCUGUAUUAUAUGCCAACAAAUUGCAGACUAUAAUGUCAGAAGCACUUGGCAAACCAGCAACAGAGUUUGAGCUGAUGGGGGAUACACCAGUAGCACCUGUAGGACACCUGAAAGUUCCAUUGGACCCCAAAAUCUGGGAACUGGGAAAAAUCUUGCGCAAGGCUGGGUUCUCAUUUGACAGUGUACAGGGAUUGAUUGAUCUCUGUCUGGAGGGGGUUUGUUCUCGAGUGGGAUUGGAUGAGCUGGCGGAGAAGUUGGGUCUCACACAGAGCGAUGUCAUUUCACGAGUGUUCAGUUACUUCCACAAGGAUGCCAGUGGGAUGAUUGAUUUUCGAGAGGUCUCGCUAGUUUUAGCAGCUCAAGAUGCCACACGCUCUGCAGAGGAGUUGGCAAAGCUUGCUUUUGAUCUCUUCUCUACCUGUGAUACUGAUGGCUGCUUUCUGCUCUCUGCUGAUGGGUUUUCCUCCAUCCUGCGCUCACUGGUGGGUUCACCUCCUGCAGAAAGUGGCAAGAUCUACACAGAGCUGUGCUCUCAUGAGUGUCGUGGCCUUACCCAAGAUGGAUUUCUGGGAUUUGCUAUUCGCCACCCUUGUUAUCGUCACCUCUUCCUGUUUUAUCUACGCCCUCCAGCAUCUGGACGUAAAAAGCCAUCACGAGUUCAACAAAAUGGGGGCUGUGCCGGGAAGUACACUCCUGGGGACCGGCUUAAGUCAGAUUGACACAUUGAGGGAGGGGGGUUUUAUUGGGGCUUGGGGAGGUGGGAGGGUCACUUCAAAGGUUUCUUGGCAAAGAAGAGGUGUUGUGGCUAACAUUGAUUGUGAUAUGGGUGCACAGCUGCUCUGUCCCUGAAGGGGGAGAAUACUCUACAGUAUUUGACCAGAUGCAUUAUGGGGUGGAAGAGGUUAGAUGCACAUUGGAGGGUUUCCAUUUAAUGGUGGUGGGCCAAGAAGCUAGGUGCAAUAGAUUUAAUGGAAAAUGUAGGCAGUAUAAUUCUGCAUGUCUGUGAUGAAGAAGCAAGGUUUCCUGGUUUUCAGGACGAGACAUUAUUUGAGGGACAUGCACUGAAGGAGGGUGGGGUGAAACUUGAUAAAUAUGGUGAAGGAGCAAUAUUCUGCAUGUUUGUAGCCUGGAUAGGUGCAGGUGCAGAUUGGGGGGUGCCGUUCAUACCCCAAAUAUCUCAGCUCUCAGGGACACAGCCUCCCUUCCCCCAGAGAAUUUUAAAUUUUUACCUUUAUUUGGACAUUUUAAUUAUUAUGGUCCCAAUGUAUUACUGCUCUUGUCAUGGUUCUGAAUGAUAUUAUAAUUAUUUUUCAUAAAUA